AAGAUCUUAAAACAUCAUUGUCUUGACGAUAAAAUCAGCCAGAGAUUCAGUGUGCUCUGACCGCUCAACUCGAUUAGACAACACAUCAAAGUUCAGCACCAUGGCGGAUGAGAAGAAGAAGGUUAAGAAGAAGAAGACCAAGGAAGAGGGUGGUACUUCCGAAACCGCUUCGGAGGCAGUGUCUGAGGCAGCAACUCCCGCACCAGCCGCAACUCCUGCCCCAGCUUCUGCUACUGGAUCGAAGAGAGCGUCGGGCGGUUCUCGCGGCUCGAAGAAGUCCAAGCGCGCCGGCUCCUCGGUCUUCUCUGUCUUCUCCCAGAAGCAGAUUGCCGAAUUCAAGGAAGCCUUCCAACUCAUGGAUGCCGACAAGGACGGUAUUAUUGGCAAGAACGAUUUGCGCGCUGCCUUCGACUCCGUCGGCAAGAUCGCCAACGAUAAGGAGUUGGACGCUAUGCUCGGCGAAGCCUCUGGUCCAAUUAACUUCACCCAAUUGCUGACCUUGUUCGCCAACCGUAUGGCCACCUCUGGUGCCAACGAUGAAGACGAAGUUGUUAUUGCUGCCUUCAAAACAUUCGAUAACGAUGGUCUCAUCGAUGGUGAUAAAUUCCGCGAAAUGCUUAUGGGCUUCGGUGAGAAAUUCACCAUGAAGGAGGUCGAUGAUGCCUUCGAUCAGAUGGUCAUUGAUGACAAGAACCAAAUCGAUACCGCCUCCCUGAUUGAAAUGCUCACCGGCAAGGGUGAAGAGGAAGAAGAGGAAGCUGCUUAAACGCAGCCCCGUUACACAUCCUAACUCUUAACUCAGCAUCCAUAUUACAACCAAACAACAAAAACAAAACAAA